AUGUCUCAAAGACAUCAUGCAAACAGAAUAUCUGUUCCAGGCUCACAAAGUUAUGCUGCCAGAAGACCUAUUUUGGUAACACCCAAAAGAAAACCAGAAAGAGUCGUAGUAUUAUACAAUGAGUCCGGAGAGAACGUUACUCCAAAACCUUUAAAUCCCGAUAUUUUUGCUGGCAGGGAAAGACAAAUUAGUGUACAUGAAUUUUCUGAAAGAGCAGAUAUUAGCAGAAUGUCGGAAAAUUCUGCAAUGUAUUUAUCUAAGUCACAAUCCACGGUAAAAUUUAAACAUGACCUCGAUAAACAAGGUGCCGCUAUUUCAGUCCAGUACAAAGGAAGUUUGCAAUCAUCAGCAAGUGAUGCAUAUUUGGAUAUAUUUGUUGCUGAUGAAGAUGGCCGAACUGAUGAUGCUUCAAUUGGAACUACUGGUGGGGCUAAAGCGCUAUUUAAAAUGAAGAAAACUCCAACAAGUAUUAGUUUAAUUUUAAGUGAAACCUCAACUUUUUUCUUACUGGAUCUAACCAGUUGUACAGAACUGAAAGAUACAGAUGAAGGAACUCUAGUUGAACAAGACAAUGAACGUUAUGAAUAUUUAACAGUCGGAAAAGGGAAACACAGAAAAAUAGUUCAAGCAGAAGUUCAAACUAUGCCAAUGGUAUUAAAAACUCGAAACACUUCUUAUGAAAAAACUAAAACUCAAGUUGGUUCAGCAUUUGUUUCUGUAUAUGACAUGUACGAUACAUUUCAAGUGGCUAAGGAAGACAGUGAAGCAGAGGAAGACGAGAGUGCUGACGAAAUUGAAGAUGGAAAUGUUAAAUUAGAUGAUUCAGGAUCGGUAGAAAGUUUCAAAUUGUCAUUGGACGAAAAAUGUAUGUCGAAGUUAAUGAAAAAUGCGAAAUUUUUGGAAGCUUGCAUUGUUAUGGAAAGAUUACUUGCCAAUAAUUGUUACAAUGAACAACAAAAAGUCUUUAUAGGAUUAUCCGAUCCAGAUCCGUUCAGGGAAAAUAUUCAAUAUAAAUAUAGGCUGAAGUUGUUAUGGACUUUUGCAAAUACUGAUACUACUGGUAGAUCAGUAAACUCUUGCGACUGGAAUCCACAAAACAGAGACAUAUUAGCCGUGGGAUAUGGAAAAUUCUAUUUCCACGAUAAUAUAACAGGAUUAGUAUUAAUAUGGAACAUAAAAAAUCCCGUCCAACCUGAAAGAAAAUACGUGUUUCCAAAACCAGUAACAGCGCUGCAAUUUUCAAGGGGCACUCCGGUUUUACUGGCAGUUGGUUUUUAUAAUGGUUCAGUCAAAGUUUUAAAUAUAUCUAGUAGGGAAACGAUGAUAAUUGGCGAAAAUGUGCCUACUUUUGAACCAUGUUGGAACAUAAUAUGGCAAUAUGGAAGAAAUGAGAGGAAGAAUGAAGAGUUAGUUACUGUUACCUUUGAUGAUGGAAGAAUUUGUGCAUAUUCUGUUCAAAGGAAGUUAGAGAUGAGUCAACUGAUGAGAGUGGGAAAAGCUGAUGGAAAGCUCAAAGGGUACGACGCAAUGAAGAAAUGCACAAAUUUAACUAUACCCGUCUCGAGAUACUCUUCUGCGUUAAUCGUACGACUUCAUCCUCUCGAUCCAAGUAUUUACUUUGUUGGUACUAACGAAGGUACUAUUCACAAGUGUUCGUUAAAUUAUCUGAGCCAACAUUUAGAUGUAUUUCUUGCCCACGAAGGAUCUGUACACGAAUUGAAAUUUUCUCCUUUUUUCAAGCAAAUUUUUGCUACAUGCGGAGACGACUGGCAUACAAGAAUUUGGGCGGAAGGUAUUCCAGAACCAGUUCUUACCAUUUCUGGAAUGCAAAGUGUUCAAGGACUCGAUUGGAGCCCAACGCAUUCUACAAUUUUAGUUGUGAUUCGGGCGCAAAAUAUUGAAGUUUGGGAUGUCCAGAGAAAAGUUUAUGGAGCCCAGUCAAUAACACCAUCGCCUACUGGUACUAGAAAUACAGUGGUACAAUUUACCGAAUCAGGGAGAUGUCUUAUUGUAGGAGAUACUGAUGGAGAUGUCCAUGUUUUUUCAUUAGAAGAUAUGCCAUUUAUACCAUUUUUUCAAGAGAACUUACUAAGCGACUCUCUCGCAAGGGUACUAGUGACAAAUCCACAAGUACUGGCUAAUAUAAGGAAACUACGCCGAGCAUCUAAAGAACACAGAAUGACUUAA